CAUUUUCGAUCGUCAAACUUAAAUCAUGCUUCCUUCAAUCAUCUCAAAACUACAUCAUUUCCGCUCACACCGCUCUAUUCUUCUCUCGAAGCUUCAAAUUCUCCUCCUUUACCACAGUUCUCCGCGUUCAAAUCCUCAAUUUCCCCACAGAGUGUCGCUGCAUCCUUCUCGAACCCAACCGACAACCAGCUUCCCGGGCAACCCGGCUCCGACCCAUUUCGAAAAAUCGAUUUUUGAACCGGAAACAGUUCUUGAAACUCUCAAUUCUUAUGCCAAUGACUGGAAGCUCGCGCUGGAGUUCUUCAAUUGGGUUGAAACCGAGUGUGAGUUCCGGCACACAGCUCACACACUCAAUCGGAUUGUCGACAUUCUUGGUAAGUUUUUCGAGUUCGAAAUCGCAUGGGAGCUUAUUGAAAGAAUGCGGAUAAAUGGAUGGUGUUUGCCUGAUCACACGACUUUUAGGGUGUUGUUUAAGCGUUAUGUAUCGGCUCACCUUAUUAAAGAAGCAAUUGAUGCUUUUGUUAGAUCGAAUGAUUAUAAUUUGAGGGAUGAAGUUUCAUUUUCGAAUUUGAUUGAUGCUUUGUGCGAGUACAAGCAUGUGAUAGAGGCUGAAGAACUCUGCUUCAAGAAAAGUUGGGGCGGCCAAUAUCGUGACAUUUUGCUUUGUUUUAAUGUGGAAAAUACAAAAAUUUAUAACAUGAUUCUACGCGGUUGGUUUAAAAUGGAGUGGUGGAGGAACUGUAGGGAGUUUUGGGAGGAGAUGGAUAAGAUGGGUGUGGAGAAAGACUUGUAUUCGUACUCGAUAUAUAUGGACAUCCAAAACAAAAGUGGGAAGCCGUGGAAGGCCGUAAAGCUGUACAAAGAUAUGAGGAAGAAGGGUAUUGAACUGGAUGUGGUGGCGUACAACACAUUGAUUCGUGCUAUUGGGAUUUCAGAAGGGGUUGAUGUGGCAGUGAGGCUCUACAAAGAGAUGGCUGAAUUAGGUUGUUCACCAAAUGUUGUAACUUUCAACACAAUUCUAAAGUUGUUGUGCGAGAAUGGAAGGUAUAGAGAAGCACAUAGGGUGCUCGAUCUCAUGACUAGAAAAGGUUGUCCGCCGAAUAUAGUUACGUACCACUGCUUCUUCACGUGCCUUGAGAAGCCUCGUGAGAUUCUUAGAUAUUUUGAUAGGAUGGUAGAUAGUGGUGUCCGGCCAAGGAUGGACACCUAUGUCAUGCUCAUGAGGAAGUUUGGAAGAUGGGGUUUCCUUCGUCCUGUUUUUAUUCUCUGGGAUAAGAUGUCUUUACAUGGGCUGAGCCCGAAUGAGUGUGCUUAUAAUGCUCUGAUUGAUGUUUUGCUGCAGAAGGGUUUGGUUGACAUGGCUCACAAAUAUGAUGAAGAGAUGUUUUCGAAAGGGCUUUCGCCUAAGCCAAGGGCUGAAUUGCAGACAAAAAUGGCUGAUAAAGGAUCUGGAGAUGGGUAAUUUUUAUUACUGUUUUUAACAAUUUUGAGUGUAUUCUCAUUCAUGCCAUAGCAUGAAAAUGAAGUCAUCUUGUCCUUCUCAUUGAAACAUAUAUGCGAUUCAUAUAGAGACUCUUCCUUAUGAUUUUCAAUUCUUUGGUUUCUGCAAGGGAACUCAUUUACAGCUUUGUGCUA